GAAUCCACGUGCUGGUUAGCGAUACUGCACGUUAUCUCCAAGAAGACCAUUCCAGUCAGCUUCUAUACACCUUGCGAAAGCAGCUUAUGGGAUCACGACUUGAGAAAGUACAGUCAGCACUGAUACAGAAAAACAGUAUACCAGACAACAAGAAACUUGUCAAGGGAAUCUUUGCCCUUGCAAGGCAAUGGAAGUGUUUCUUGGCUGGGACGGAAAAGGGAGAGAUUCUGUUCUAUGGUACAAACUCCAUCAAGCGUCAUGUUGUGGGACGAGGAGUUCUUACCGAGAGAGAUCGCGCCAUUUUAAUGAAAGAGGACGACCAGCAAGUACAAGAGAACACCGAUCAGGAAGUAACUAGCGAUGGUGGCCAGGAACAAGGAAUUCCAACAGGAGACCCGUCGUCCAUCAAUUCUGAUGACAAUCAACAAGAAGAUGAGACAUCCAAGCUGUUAGAUUCCAAUGGCCAAUCCAUGCCCUUGGAAGAGAUCCAUCACACACAGCGGUCACCACUAAUAGGAACAUCAACAGCAGCACCUGACACAGAUACAGAAACCGAUGAAUCACCACCUACAACAAUGCGCAAAGCCCCGCAAAAUAAGCAUCUACUUGGUGUUGAUAACAAGAAAUAUGGCCACAGGAAACAGCUUAGUCUUUAUAGUUGGCUAUCAAAUACUCCUGCUACUUCACCUAACACCGCAGCAAGACCAGUAGCUACAGACGGUGCAAGACCAACUAAAUUGACAAUCCAGUCACCGCUAGUUUCUCCAAUUAAGUCCGAGCAGAACAAUAAAAUAUUUGGCAGCGAAAUGGUGAGUGUGCCGACCAGUGGAAAAAAGAUUCAAGAUGAAAAAGAAACAUUCAAGACCUUACUUCAAGCUAUAAGCUUAAAGCCCAAAGUAGCAGAGGAAAAGGACACUGCCAAAACGAUUUCGUUAACAACGACAUUGAAAUAUAUUCGUGUAGAUUUGGUGGAUGGGGAAAUUAAUAAUUUAUCUUCAAGUAGUAAGAAGCGAAAGACGUCGAAGCAGCUUUUUAAAGACGACGAGCCAAUUUUCCUCGCAAAAGACUUCAACUUUAGACUACUGUUCAGCAAAUCUCCUAUGAAUGCUAAUAUUCUUGGCGGUGAUCUUCAAUCCUUGUCYAAUUCCAUGAUUAAUCGGGUAAAGUUUAGCGUUGGGGUUGGCAACAUUACUCAGAAGGUGAACUUUCCUUUUGUACGACUUGUGAUCCASCUGGUUGACAUGGUGGAUGUACUGGCAGGUCUUAUCAAAUCAAAGGCGGAAGAAAUACAGGCUGAUAAAGUUGACGGACCAGCUCCGCACUUCACCAAUGUCUUUGGUCCAUCUAAAGUGCGYAGUACUUCCCCGUCCAGCGUAAAGUGCUGGAAGACUAUGUACCAAGUGUUGGAUUUGUACUCGUCCUUGCCACGAGAACCCAAAGGGAAAUCUGGCUUUAAGAAAGCUGGAACGCCUAGUUCAGGCCGCGCAGUUGAUUCGCCAAUGCGUUUGAAGGAAGUCAAGAUCGACAUGGAAGACGGCCCACAGACGUUCAGUCCCGCGCGGCGUCAAGAUGAUCACCGGCCAUUGAUUGAUACCUAUUCUAUAGUAGGUGUGGUAACUUUGCCAAGUGCUCGUCUAUUGGCAUCGAUAGGUGAUCUACGCCAAGAGAUAGACAUCAAAGAUGUCAGUUUUGUGCUAACUAAAACUGAGGAAAAAGGUGCCGAUGAAACAGAUCGUCAUUCAGGCUCCAUCUCUUUCCAUGUUGGAAAUGUCAAUUGUGUUCUCUUGGAAAAAGUGAAGCAAAAUCACGGCAUGGUUGUCUCAGUCCUYAUGUCCCGAUCGCAUGCUGUCUACUCGUACCAGUCCCAUGCCAGUGCAGAAAAGAACGUUGCCUUUGUUUCCGUUGGUGUCAUCGACGUUGAAAUCCCCCAACAUCCUGUAGCACUCCACACUAUGAUGACCCGUAGCUCCCGAACUAUUUCAAGACAAAUUACUGAUAUACAAAGUCAGAGGUCUAUAAUAAGGUGCAUGGGUGUGACCGACACAACCUCACCUCCUAGCUACACUAAAAGACUGUCAGGAGUGCCUGCAGAAUUUGUAAAACAACAUUUAGUUGGGUCACCAACCGGUGCAAAAGUGUUUGCCGACAGUGUUGAUGGACUGAAACCAGAUAUCAUCCCUGUUAAAUGUGAUAUUGUACUCAAAGGGUUCUGCCUUAGUGCGUCUCUACUUCCCUCAUUGAGAGCUGGUUACAAGAUUGGUAGGAUUUCUGCAACCACUAAUACUGGAUCGUGUAGUAAGUUCAAGGCUACUAUGCCAUCACACAGCCUUAUGUUUUCGUCAAAGGUGCAGACAUUUGAAUCGAACGUGCCUUCUUCUGCAAUGGUUGAUCUUCCUCCWGUCAAAGUAUCAGGAGAAUUCUUAGCGGGUAAAAUCACUCGUCCUAGGUCAGGCCAUAGAGGCCAACGUGCUCAUUUGUACGUUAAUGCUGAGAUUGGGGCCUUUCAACAUUGCUUAACGACAGACCUGCUUAAUCAUCUGGUCUUUGUACAGAAGAGUUUUAUGAAGGAAGUUAACGAUGUCGUCCAGAGAGUGUCUGGAGAGAACCAACCAGUUCCACUUUGGCGAACAGUUUCAUCUGAAAGUGUUGACUCGUCCAAGCACAAAGAGGCUCCUUUCAGCUAUUCCUUUGGCCUAACGUUGAAGGGUAUUCAAAUCACAGCGACCACGCCUGCUGCUACAGCUGUUCGUCUAGAUACAGGUGUGAUCUCUCUUGAAGUCUCCAAUGCCGUUCCUUCUCCCAUUGAACAUGGAAAACUGAAAAGAAGUGGAAGCUUUGUGAAACUGUUUGGCAAAGCCCAGGUUGAUAUUAAUCUGUCUCUUGGCCAGUUUAUCAAAAGCCGAAUUAUCGACAACGAGCUGGAUUAUAUGCAAAUGGCGUACUUCAAAACAACGAUUGGAGUGAGGAACUCCUUCCAGGACGUAAGUAGCACUCGUGGAACCGAAGACAAAGAGACUUUCCUGAUCACUUUAACACAACCAAAAGUCUAUGCUCAACAGAUGGCAUUUGAUAAAGCUGUGUUAGUGUAUUUGAAUUACAAGAAUGCUUACGACCACUGGAACCAGCAGAAAAUGUCCCUCCAUGCUGAGGUCCAUACAGCUACACAAGCCUUACUAGAAAAACUUCCUGCUAGAACUCAUGCUGCACAACUAUCCGUUUCGUUAUUCCUACAAGUMACUGUUGAUAGACUUGGUAUUUGUAUUCCACUAUUCUCUGCAAAUCAACCAAACGUUCCUGGAAUCUAUUCCAAACAGAAUGACGUCGAUCAAGGAUCUGCGUUAAUUCUAUCAGUCGAUGAGAUGAUGUUGUCGUGUUGUUCCAGUGCGUCAUUUGUCAGCAGAGGAAAGUUCAACAGGUUUUGUCUUUGGUUUGCUGAUAAGUUUGACAUGGAGGCUUCGGAAUGGAGACCUGACUCUAAUUUGCGUCUUAUGAACACAUGUGUGGUUUCCGAAGGUACCUACGAACUCUGCUCAAAGACUAAUCGAUAUCCAAUCGUACCAGAUAUGGCGAAAACAGGAAAGUGGGUGAUGUCCAUUCGAUGGCAGAUGUGUGGAGUUGAAGUUCUCACUGACACCAAUAUUGGAAAAUGGUUAUCUUUGCUUGGUAACACGUUGACCGCUUUCGCUGGAGAAACAGAUAUCGCCAACUUGGACUCUGUAGCUGAUAUGACGGAGAAAGAACCUAGUAAAGAUCUUACUGAAAAUAUAGACGAGGUUGAUCAUAAACCACCUUCUGUUCGCAAGUCUAGAAAGAAAAGUCUAGAAAAAGAAAUGUGGGAACAAGCAAGAAAGGUCAACGAACUCAGGAGACGRAGCGAUGUCAGCCAAUCAGCGUUGGAGAAAGAAACAAGACUACUGCAGGAAUUGGAGAAUGCUGUAUUCAAUGAAUUCCGUAAAGGCGUUCGGAAAAAGAUAAGAAAGCAUUCCCGGAGUCGUCAAACCUACCCUUACCACAUAAACACACAAAAAUCUACUCCACCACAGCGGAAAACUAUGUCAGAACGCCCUAAAAGCUCCAAAACACGAUCCAGGCUUCGCAAACAGGUUGCUGAAGAUGAUUCCGAUUAUGAUGACGACCUUCCUUUGAAAACUAAACCAAGAAAUCAUUUGAACGUCUCUGAUAUUCCAGUGUUGACAACUCCAGAUUUUACUGGCAUGGAGUCGACAUCAACACUUACUUGGAGUAGAGAGGAUGUUCUAGACGAGGGUGGAAGUGGGACACCAUUCUGUAGUACUCCAGAUGACAAGCAAUCGUGGAUGCAGCAUUCUCAUCAAAAGGUUAAAUUCAGUCCGAGUGCUACUGAACUAAAUGAUUCAGGAUCGUUCAGUCCAAAGAGCAGCAUGUUAACUCAGCAGAAUUUGGAUUUUGAGCUGGACGUCAUCGUGAAUAUAGAUAGUGGAAAAUGCGUUCUUCAUCUAGCAAAUGAAAACGACGAGACCAAUGAAAUGAGAACUCCAUCCAACCGUACUUUUUCUUCCGCCGAACUGCCAAAGUCCAAACCGUUUUCGCCAAGUUACUCGGCUGGUGCUCGUCGAUACAAGACCAACAGCCAAGACGUCAACUCGCAAGACACUGUCAUACUUCUUCCUGGAGUAGAUGUUCGUGUUAAUUACUCGUCUAACUUUGAAAGCGAACUUGGAAGUCCCUCAUCCUAUGGACAAGAUGGAAAUGUGUUCCUGGUCAAACCACCUGACCAGCCAAGCUUUGAUGCWCAGUCGCAKACUUCUCCCUCUAAUGUGAAAGUCUUUAAAAGUGCUGGCGUCUACAUAUCGGUCUUGUUUCAAUCCUUACCCCAGGAAAUGGUGCUUAAACCCUCAUUGAUUGACUUCUUGGAGCGAGCUUUAGAGCCGAUCAUUUUACCCAGUGCCGAGGAAACAAUUGAUGCCGGUGGCUCGGUGUCUGACAAUGGAAGUGAUCCUGAAUGUGAAACAGGAGGAUCAAUCGUAUCUUCUUCCAUGUCGGAAUCAUCCUCUUUUCCCGUUGAUGUCGUUGUAGUAUUCCGUGUGAAGCCAUCUGAUAUUCGUCUAAGUUGUCAACCCGUUUCCAAAGUAGAGUGCAUGCUUCGCCUUCCCGCCCUUGACGUCGUGUUUUCGUCCAAAUCAAGCUGUAACAAAACUCCAGUACUGAUGACAUCAGGAGAUCAACCUAAACUCGAAGAUAGGAGCGUCCAAGCCUUUGAAAGUGGUGGAAUUAGUUUUACAUUCUGUUUAUCAAGCUUCUCGUUCUGUAUUUUUCAUCCAUAUGGAAAAGAGCAUACAGUGGUUACCAGGUCUACCAGUGCACCCUUGGAUAAUGGCGAUUCACGUGAAGAAAAUCGUCAAAGAUUCCGCUUCAAUCCCCCUCAGCCAAUGUCAGGCAAAAAAGACUCUCUAAGUUUGGACGUGGAAUUCAUAAAGUUCAACUUAUCCAGGAGACGGGUCUGCGAUAGCCAAGAGAGUGUGCCGAACUCCCCCGGACCCACGUCAUCAACUGUUGUGAAAGUGUCUGGUAUAUGUGAUAUCGGGUCAGCCGCCUUCACCUAUGACAUGCGCCGUCUCAAUGAGAUUUUAGACUUCCCUAAAGCCUGGUACAAACGUCGACUGGUGAGCAGACUGUUUCUUGGAAAGGAAGGCUCAUAUGCAACGAAAUCUGCCAAAGAAUCUCCCCAUGUUCCCUUCCAAAGCCCUCAAGCUGCCAGGUCUCCUGCGGUGGAGGAGAAACGAAGGUCCUCCCCGCCAACAAACGCUGAGCUACAAACACCACUAUCUCCGUCAGGACGACCCAUGCUGCAUCGUUCAAUGUCAGAGGAUGAAAGGCAUAUGCAGUAUACACUGGCGACACCUCUGAAAACACCUGCUAAACAGAAAUUAGCUCACAAGAAAACCACAUCAACGGCUGGUUUGUUUAGCUUCCUUCCGUCAUCACCCAGUCUCUUCCGGUCGAUGACUAUGACAGGAAAUAGGCAAGGACUUUUGUCCCCCACUACGCCCCACAAGAUGAAACGGCGUACUUUAUCAGAAUAUGUAGAAUAUGGAGAUAUCAAGAAGAAUGAAAAGUCACAGCAAGAUCCAGUAGUGAACAGCUCAGUCGAUAAUACAGACACAGAGGUCGACGGACCCUUGAGUCAAUCAUCCUCAUCAAGCUCAGGAUCCAAGUCCAAAUGGGAGACUGCUAUAGUUGUAGCCGUCAAUCUAUCAAGGCUUGAUGUGAAUACCAAUAUGGGAAGUGUAAUGGGACAAACACUAUGGAGCACCAGUGAUUUACGAGCACAGGGUCAUCUUACGCUGACCAGCACUGGCCGUCGACACUUACAGACCAAACUCAAAGUCAGGCAAGCUGUUUGUGAGUCGCGGAGUGGCAUCGUAGGUGGUCAUGCAGAAAUAAACGAUUUCAUUGCAAAAGCCAAUGGAACUGAAGAGCGAGGGUGUAAACCUGAACACAUGGUUCAAAUUAAGCUUUGCCAUGCUGAAACUAGGAUCGACUAUAUGGGUACUUGUAUUUUAAUGGGCAACAUAUCAGCAUUGCAGUUUGAUUUGAAAGACCAGUGGAUACUACAACAAGGCGAUAGUCCUUCUACAGACUCGUUGUUCAAGAUUGAGAAGGAAAGCCCUGUUCAGAAAGAACCACCUCAAUGUAAAAUCUACGUCAAGGCAGAUAUGUCAUGGACGGACUUUAAGUUAAUGAUAUCUCGUUCCACAACGCCUGACUUAAUUAAAAUGAUUGCUAAGAUACAGGAAUUCUUUACGCAACAGCAUAGGAAUAGUCUUCGAGCGCUGUCAACCCUAAGGAAUCCCACACCCCUAAAUGCAGGGACUAUACUAUCUAAUUUAGCCACACCCCAGUCCACUACUACACCAAAGGUUAAAGAUAAAGACAUGGAGAACGAUGGUCUAAAAUACCAACACUGGAGUAAAGUCCUAAACGCCGUGACUGGUCUAAAGCUUUCCAUGUUGAGCGACCCUAUUCCAGAUCGUGGAGUUAUACUUGGUGGAAGCUUGGCACUGCGAGGCAAGACAGUAUCCCUUGCCUGUUUCCAUGGUGUCAAUUUUCGCGCGCAAUCUUGGGUUCUAUUCAACCUUAAACAACUGUAUACUGAGUUUAUCAGCAGAGUAAGAGCUGAGGAGAARAGUUGCUAUGUUCGUCGAGUAAGAGCUGUUCAAACUCUUUUGAUGAAGCUUGGUUAUGGGGAAGAAGACGAGGAUCUUCCAGGAAACCUUUCGCCUUCAAUGUCUUAUUGUGUAGUGGUUCGUAAAGUAUCAAGAGGUAGACGCAACCCUCCCUCCAUGGGCAGUACUGUGCAGGAGUGGCUUACCUACGUGUGUGCGACUGGUGAAGACGACAUCUGUCCCUCAGAGGAUMCCCCCAAACGUGGUGAAUCCUUCAACAGUUCAAACAAGAAGCAAUCUCAAGGAAAUAGAUCCAGGGCUAAUAGCUACCGUUACGAACACGAUUCAGAACCUGUAUUCGGUCUUCCAAAGUUUGAAGUAGAGCUCGAAACCAAACAUGAUAUGCCAAUGUCAUACUUCGCCUCGACUUGGUCAAGGAAGAAACAUUCCAUUACGUCACGUGCCUUGACUCGGCCCAGUCCACACGUUGUGCAAUGUUCUUUGACGUCUUCUUUUGAAGAUAGCUUAUGUGUGACGAUGGACGUAGGAUUGCUGUUUUUCCUCCAUGAUGUGGUGAAGUCGUACAUAAAAGAAAACGAGACAUCGUCAGGUUCGAUUCCUCGUGGAGCACCUAGUCCCGCGCGGUCUGACACUCCAGAAAAAGACGAAAGAGAAGUAGCACCUAAAGUCGACCAGCAAAAACGCAUCCGUCAGUUCCGCAGCGAGGGAUGGAAGCUGGAGCCGCGAGUAAGGUUUAUGUCAUGGGCUGGCAAAAACAUCGAACCUGUCAACAUUGAUUGGGUAUUACAAAAACUUGGUUUUACCCAUGCACGAUUGACCAUCCCAAAGUGGGCCCAACGAGGCGCCAUGGAUCCCAUGGAUGUAUUUAUAUCAAUGCUGAUUGACAAAAUGAUGGCCACUAUGCAAGAAGACUCUAAUAAUUAAAUUGAUUAAAUAAGAAUCCUUCAAUGAUCAACAACCGGAAUUCAAUGCGGCAGUGUAGUGCUUAUUUAUAGCAGCACAAUCAGUUUCCACUCGACGAUUAUGAGAUGGAAUCUUGCAAUAAGUGACAAUAAAGAGACUUGCGUUUACAUUGGCAGGUUUCGAAGUUUCUUUUUUUAUUUUCUGAACAUAAAGAAAAGUUCGUAGAGGUGCCGGUUGUUGGUGGCAUUUUAGAAUAAUUACUCGUUUUAUACUGUAAGUUCUCCACCGUACUGCUGUGACUCGGCCACUGUAAGGCUAUUUAGUAAUUUAGGAUGCUGCUGUUGAGUUACUCUUAAAUCAAAUAAUAUGAUAGUCAAUCUUAAUUAGAUCGAGAUUUUUUUUUCAAAUUUUAUUGUAACUAUACACAGCUUCAUGUCAUUGGUUUGUUUUCAUCUUUAGAAUUAGGCCAGUUAAUUAAAGAUAACCGGCGUAACUUUUAUUGUAUUUUUUAGAAAACAACUUUGAGUUGAUAAGUAGUGUAGUUUGUCGCGACAUGUAAGUUAAUUGUAUUAUUAGGCAGGGAUCACAUGUGAAAUAAAGUUCAAAGAAAAUAGAAUUGAA